CAUAAAAGAGUUAAAAAUUUUCUUGACAAAUCUAGUAUCAAGAACUUGGAGAACAAGCUAAUUUGUGAUGCUCUCGCACCCAAACAUUUAUAUGCUCCUCAACCCCUCACAACUCUUCGUCUUCUCAACUUCAUCGAACUAGAACCCUUUUCUUUUCCGAUCACUCCCAAAAACUCACUCUCUCGCUCUAAUGGACAUCGAUUUCAAAGAAUACCAAUUGCGCUGCCAACUCCGCGGCCACGAAGACGACGUUCGUGGGAUUUCUGUGUGUGGCAAUGCGGGUAUAGCCACCUCGUCGCGUGAUCGAACUGUUAGGUUCUGGUCCUUGGACCCUUCUGAUGAACGGAGGUACUCGGAGUCGAAGAUUCUGCUCGGCCACACCAGUUUUGUGGGCCCAGUGGUGUGGAUUUCACCCAAUGAGCAAUACCCUGAUGGUGGAAUUGUGUCCGGCGGGAUGGAUACAAUGGUGCUGGUGUGGGACUUGAGGACUGGGGAGAAGGUGCAAACUCUUAAGGGCCAUCAGUUGCAGGUCACAGGCAUCGCUUUGGAUAAUGGGGACAUUGUCUCAUCUUCUGUUGACUCUACUUUAAGGCGAUGGAGGAAUGGGCAGUUGGUAGAGUCUUGGGAGGCUCAUAAGGCAGCCAUCCAAGCAGUUAUAAAGCUUCCUUCGGGCGAGCUUGUCACAGGUUCAAGCGAUACUACUUUAAAACUUUGGAGGGGAAGUACAUGCACUCGUACUUUUGUUGGGCAUUCAGACACUGUAAGAGGCUUGGCAGUGAUGUCCGAAUUGGGAAUUCUUUCUGCUUCACAUGAUGGUUCCAUCAGGUUAUGGGCUCUAAGUGGUGAAGUUUUAAUGGAGAUGGUUGGUCAUACUUCAAUUGUCUAUUCUGUUGAUUCACAUGUGUCUGGACUAAUAGUCAGUAGCAGCGAAGAUUGUUUUGCAAAGAUAUGGAAGGAUGGAGUUUGCAUGCAGAGCAUAGAGCAUCCUGGCUGUGUUUGGGAUGCAAAAUUCUUGGAAAAUGGGGAUAUUGUGACAGCAUGUUCUGAUGGAGCUGUACGCGUCUGGACCAUAAAUCAGGAUAAAAUUGCAGAUGCCCUAGAAGUGGAGUCAUAUUUCUCCCAACUUUCUCAGCACAAAAUUAGCAGGAAGAGGGUCGGAGGAUUGAAACUGGAAGAAUUACCUGGACUAGAAGCCUUACAGAUUCCAGGAACCAGUGAUGGCCAGACAAAAGUUGUCAGAGAGGGGGACAAUGGUGUGGCAUAUGUAUGGAAUAUGAGAGAACAGAAGUGGGAUAAGAUUGGCGAGGUUGUCGAUGGGCCAGAUGACAGCAUGAAGCGUCCUGUUCUUGAUGGAAACGAAUAUGAUUAUGUAUUUGAUGUCGACAUUGGAGAUGGAGAGCCUAUUCGUAAGCUGCCUUACAAUCGAUCAGAUAAUCCAUAUGAUACUGCUGACAAGUGGCUUCUGAGGGAGAACCUUCCUCUUUCCUACCGAGAACAAGUUGUCGCUUUCAUCCUCCAAAAUACUGGACAAAAUAAUUUCGACCUUGAUCCAUCAUUUCGUGAUCCCUACACUGGGUCAAGUGCUUAUGUACCCGGACAAUCUUCAAACAAGUCUGCUUCUGCAAAACCUACUUUCAAGCAUAUUCCUAAGAAAGGAAUGCUUGUUUUUGACGUCGCCCAGUUUGAUGGGAUCCUAAAGAAGAUUACAGAGUUCAACAGUAAUUUACUCUCUGACCAGGAUAAGAAGAACUCAUCUUUAAAUGAGGUUGAGAUUUCCAGGUUGGGUGCUAUAGUUAAAAUAUUGAAGGACACAUCACAUUAUCAUUCUAGUAAAUUUGCCGAAGUUGACAUUGCUUUGUUGGUGAGAUUGCUAAAAUCAUGGCCAGUUGCAAUGUUAUUUCCAGGUAAAAUUCCUGCAUUGGGAUUGGGGCCAUUUAUACAUAACACGACUGCUCAUAACAUCUCAUUUUUCAUAUGUAUGGCAAUAAGAUUAUUGAUUUUGAGGAUGAUUGUUCUGCACCCUGAUGGGGCAACUCGGCUUCUCCAGCAUCUUGAAGCUGAAAAUGAUUUACUAAUGGAGUUGAUCAGAAAAGUUGCAACAAAUCCGCCACUUCCUGCUAAUCUCUUAACAAGUGUUCGUGCAGUGACCAAUCUUUUCAAGAAUUCGUGCUACUACAAUUGGUUACAAAAGCAUCGGACUGAGAUUCUAGAUGUGUAUUCAAGUUGUUAUUCAUCUCCAAAUAAGAAUUUGCAGUUAUCAUAUGCAACCUUGAUUCUCAAUUAUGCUGUUUUGUUAACCGAAAAGAAGGAUCAAGAAGGUCAAUCCCAGGUUCUUUCUUCAGCACUUCAGAUUGCAGAAGAAGAAAAUCUAGACGCUGAUGCAAAAUUUCGGGCUUUAGUUGCCAUUGGAUCACUGAUGCUUGAGGGCUUUGUGAAAAAGAUAGCUAUUGACUUUGAUGUUGAAAACAUUGCUAAAAUAGCAAAGGCUUCCAAAGAAACCAAGAUUGCUGAAGUUGGAGCGGACAUUGAACUUUUAACAAAAUAGAGCUCGCUCUCUGAAUCCUUGGAUUUGGAACCGGUGAUUUACCUGUCGAAGUGAUUCUCAAUAUUGGACUGCAGUAGCCGUGCAAUUUUGUGGAGACAUGCAAUUGCACAUGAUUCCAAAUAUAUGCAUCAUUUUGACGUGUGAAAAAGGAUACAAUGAUUCUGGUUCGAAAAUAGUAUCCAACGAUUGAGGAACUCCCUGGUUGGGUGUUACGACGACAAGCUGUCAAACUUCUCUCUCUCUUGUUUAUAACUGAGUUUAAUCGCAGUCUAUGAAUGAGAAAUGUGUCACGACGGUGUCAAUUGUACCAUUCAAGAUUGUCGAUGGAAAUGCACUUGAAACGUGUGAACCCUUUUUAUACAGUGCCUAAUUAUUCAUUACAGACAAUGGUUGGCAAUUCUUAUAUCUCUAAUUCGUCUUC